UGGUAUGUACGUCAUCAUCUCGCGCAGACUCAGGAAGUGACGACAUUCAUAACGCGCGCCAGGCGCUGUUUCUUUUCAGGCUACGGGACCCGCGGCGGCUGUGGCUCAGGGUGUUUUAACUCAAAUGGGUGAUGAAAAGGACUCUUGGAAAGUGAAAACUUUAGAUGAAAUUCUUCAGGAAAAGAAGCGAAGAAAGGAACAAGAGGAGAAAGCAGAGAUAAAACGCUUAAAAAAUUCUGAUGACAGGGAUUCCAAGCGGGAUUCCCUUGAAGAGGGGGAGCUGAGAGAUCACCGCAUGGAGAUCACAAUAAGGAACUCUCCAUAUAGAAGGGAGGACUCCAUGGAAGAUAGAGGAGAGGAAGAUGAUUCUCUGGCUAUCAAACCACCCCAGCAAAUGUCUCGGAAAGAAAAAGCUCAUCACAGGAAAGACGAGAAGAGAAAAGAGAAACGUAGGCAUCGUAGCCAUUCAGCAGAAGGGGGAAAGCACGCCAGAGUGAAAGAAAAAGAAAGAGAACAUGAACGUCGGAAACGACAUCGAGAAGAACAAGAUAAAGCUCGCCGGGAAUGGGAAAGACAGAAGAGAAGAGAGAUGGCAAGAGAACAUUCCAGGAGAGAGAGGGACCGCUUGGAGCAGUUAGAGAGGAAGCGGGAGCGAGAGCGCAAGCUGCGGGAACAGCAGAAAGAGCAGCGGGAACAGAAGGAGCGGGAGCGGAGGGCUGAGGAACGACGCAAAGAGCGUGAGGCCCGAAGGGAAGUUUCUGCUCAUCACCGAACACUGAGAGAGGACUAUGGUGAUAAGGUGAAAGCAAGCCACUGGAGUCGCAGUCCACUGCGGCCGCCACGGGAGCGGUUUGAGCUAGGAGACGGCCGGAAACCAGUGAAAGAAGAGAAGAUGGAAGAGAGAGACCUGCUGUCCGACUUACAGGAUAUCAGCGACAGCGAGAGGAAAACCAGCUCAGCCGAGUCCUCGUCAGCGGAGUCAGGGUCAGGUUCUGAAGAGGAGGAGGAAGAAGAGGAGGAGGAGGAAGAGGAGGGGAGCACCAGUGAAGAAUCAGAGGAGGAGGAGGAGGAGGAGGAGGAGGAAGAGGAGGAGGAGACAGGGAGCAACUCCGAGGAGGCAUCAGAACAGUCGGCUGAAGAAGUGAGUGAGGAAGAAAUGAGUGAGGAUGAAGAGCGAGAGAGUGAGAACCACAUCCUGGUUGUUCCAGAGUCACGAUUUGACCGAGAUUCUGGGGAAAGCGAAGAAGGGGAGGAAGAAGUGGGUGAGGGGACCCCUCAGAGCAGCGCCCUCACCGAAGGAGACUACGUGCCUGACUCCCCAGCCUUGUCUCCCAUCGAGCUCAAGCAGGAGCUGCCCAAGUACCUGCCGGCCCUGCAGGGCUGCCGGAGUGUGGAGGAGUUCCAGUGCCUGAACAGGAUCGAGGAGGGCACAUAUGGGGUGGUCUACAGGGCAAAAGACAAGAAAACAGAUGAAAUUGUGGCUUUGAAGCGGUUGAAAAUGGAGAAGGAAAAGGAGGGUUUUCCCAUCACAUCACUGAGGGAGAUCAACACCAUCCUCAAGGCCCAGCACCCCAACAUUGUAACAGUCAGAGAAAUUGUCGUGGGCAGCAACAUGGAUAAGAUCUACAUUGUGAUGAAUUAUGUAGAACACGACCUCAAGAGCCUAAUGGAGACGAUGAAGCAGCCCUUUCUGCCAGGAGAGGUGAAGACCCUGAUGAUCCAGCUGCUGCGGGGAGUGAAGCACCUGCAUGACAACUGGAUCCUGCACCGAGACCUCAAGACUUCCAACCUGCUACUGAGCCAUGCUGGCAUUCUCAAGGUAGGUGACUUUGGGCUGGCUCGAGAGUACGGGUCCCCCCUGAAGGCCUAUACCCCAGUCGUGGUGACUCUCUGGUACCGUGCCCCAGAGCUGCUUUUGGGUGCUAAGGAAUACUCCACAGCUGUGGACAUGUGGUCAGUAGGCUGCAUCUUUGGGGAACUGCUGACUCAGAAGCCUCUGUUCCCUGGGAAGUCAGAAAUUGAUCAGAUCAACAAAGUGUUUAAGGACCUGGGGACCCCUAGUGAGAAAAUCUGGCCUGGCUACAAUGACCUCCCGGCAGUCAAGAAAAUGACCUUCAGCGAGUAUCCUUACAACAACCUGCGCAAGCGCUUUGGGGCCUUGCUGUCAGACCAGGGCUUUGAUCUCAUGAACAAGUUUCUGACCUACUUCCCUGGGAGGAGGAUCAACGCAGAAGAUGGCCUCAAGCAUGAGUAUUUCCGUGAGACACCCCUUCCCAUUGACCCCUCGAUGUUCCCCACAUGGCCAGCCAAGAGUGAGCAACAAAGAGUGAAACGAGGCACCAGCCCACGGCCCCCAGAGGGUGGCCUGGGCUACAGCCAGCUGGGUGACGAUGACCUGAAGGAGACCGGCUUCCACCUCACCACCACCAACCAGGGGGCCUCAGCUGCAGGCCCCGGCUUCAGCCUCAAGUUCUGAGCACAGAGAGCAUCCAGGUCCUGCCCCGCCGUAGACCAGGUUGCUGGGGCUAGAGCUACUAUGGAUCGAGGGGCUCACAUCUUGGAACUCCUCAUCUUACUCGGUUUUCCAUGUUUUGUUUUUAUAUUUUUGGUUUGUAAAUUUAUAGAAUUAAAUCACAUUUUCCUUGUUGUGGAGGGAGA